AUGCCUACUUGUGGGGAGCAAAUUAUAGUGUCAUUAGACCCUCCAGUUAUUAACUGCGAUUCCAUGCGGCAUGCUGUGGGCAUUCGAGGAGCAAUUCAGCUCUGCUUCAUACUGCUCGAGCCUGUCAUAUUCUUGCAAGGAGACGGCAGGCGUGGUCACCAUUCUGAGGGCAAGCCAGCUGUCACUCGCAGCUACCUCCAUCUGAAAGUCACUCAACAGACCAAAAUCAAGAGCAUAUGUGUCUCCUUUCAAGGUCUGGCCAGCUUCCAAACGUUGGGAGAGAGUACAAGAAAACAGAAUCUGAUCACAUCUUGUCUUACCUACGUCGAGGACGGGCAUACGAUGCUCUCAGACAGAGGAUACUACCGCUUGUGCGAGGGGUCUAUGGCCGCUAUAGAGACUGGCCAACAUGUCAAAAUCGCCGCUACAGCAUUUUGGGACGAGCAGGUUUCUCCGCCCAAUUAUGAUCCAGGAAGCUUAUAUCAAUCUGGUCAUCUGAGCGCUCGUAGCGAAAACCCACGACAUACUAUCAAUAGUCAUCUGAAAGGCAAUUAUGGGAUAUUUCCUGCCGGGGAUUAUAUAUACCCCUUCGAGUUUCUCGUGCACAGCUCCCUUCCUGAAACUAUCAGCACCGAGCUGAUAUCUAUUGGUUACUACGUCGAAGCUAAAGUCGAAUGUCCUGGAAUAUUCCGUUCAAAAAUGCGUUCGAAACUCGAGAUCCCGCUUCUUCGAUUGCCUCCAGAGCAUUCGUUGGAGUUGAUUGAGCCGAUUAUUAUCUCUAAGGACUGGCGUGAGCUGCUCCACUAUGAAGCUUGCAUCCUCGGCAGAAGCUUCUGUUUUGGCUCGGGGAUACCAAUAAAGUUGAAAUUGACGCCUUUCGUGGAUCUGAAAUGUUGCUGGAUUAAAGUCUACGUGUCUCAGCACAUCCAGUAUUGGAAAAUGGGACGAGAGACUCGCUUAUUACAGCUAGGCAGAAGGAAAGUGCUUCUGUUCGAAAAAGAGGCUGGAACGGAAUGGAAAAGCACUUUUCCUGGCAGUAGAUUUCAAAUCACUUCAGACGAAGACUCGACACGAUCCGCAGAUAUGCAAACUUUAAGUCUACUCGGGAAAAUACUGGAAACGCGUCAGAUUGAAUUAGAGGUGCAGUUACCCAGGUGCCACGAAUUGAAAGAAAGGCCACAAUGGCAACGGCUUCAAACAAGCGCUAAAGCAGGAAAACUUGAUGUGAACCACUGGAUUCAGAUCGUUCUGUGUCUUUCCGUGAAAGAUAAGGAUGAGACGGCCACGAGAAAACAGAAUGCUUUCCAGCUCCUGAUUAUUGAAACGCCUAUCACUGUUCUGUCCUGCAAGGCGACCCCGUCCAACAUUUACGUUCCGCCAUAUACGAAUGAACCCAAUAUAAAUCCACUGCCAUCACGAAAUUUGGAAUGCGAUUGUGUUGAGAGUGACUUUCCAAAGACUUUCACACCCCUGCACAAAACCGACUUGUGCAUAGCCGAACAAUCCACGUCUGUCGAAACAAUCUUGCCGGACAUCUUGACGAGGCCACUCAGUUUCGACAGAGUUCCAGCGGCGUUAAGCCGCCAGCUCAAGUCCACAUAG